GCCCAGUGGUGGAAGGUCAGCGUCUCCAAAACAGCCGAGGGACUUAUAAAUGUAAAGACAUUUCCACAGGUGGACGGACACUCGUGGAAUGGCAACUUCACUUCUUGGGGAGGAACCUAGGGUUGGAUCCACUCCAUUGGCCAUGUUAGCAGCGACCUGUAAUAAAAUCGGGAGUUCGAGUCCCUCCUCGGACAGCGGCGCGUUUGGAAAAGGAGGAUUUCACCCGUGGAAACGCGCAGCGCCCAGCAGCUGUUCUCUCUCGCCUUUCGGUGCGCAACGGAACGAUUCAUUCAGCGCCAAUAGCUCCUUUUCCUUAACGGGCACGAACACCUCCACCAGCCCGUUUGGCAACGACUACCCUGUGUUUCAGACUUCAAUCGCCAACAGUUCCCCGGACCCGAGCGCGCAGUCGGUGUUCAUCUCUAAAGUGGACACUCUACAAGGGAUUUACCCGAGGAUGAGCGUUGCGCACCCGUACGAGACGUGGUUCAAAUCCGCGCAUGCUGGCAUCUCCGCCGGGGACGUGGGCACUGGUAGUGGGUCCUCCUGGUGGGAUGUGGGCACCGGUUGGAUUGAUGUUCAAAGCGCAAACGGCGCCGCGCUCCAAAGCUCCCUGCACUCGCCCUUGGGUGGGUAUAACUCAGACUAUUCUUCUUUUACCCACUCCGCGUUCAGUGCCAGCCCGUCUCCUCAUCUUCUCACGAGUGGGCAGCACCUGAUGGACGGAUUCAAACCGGUUUUAUCAGCUACUUAUUCAGAACCCAACCCAAAUUCUAUAGCCGGCGCCAGUGGACCGGUUUUAGCCGGGUCUCCUGCGGUAACCCUGGCUGGAUCUCCCCGCUCAACCACGCGGCGCUACUCGGGCAGAGCGACCUGUGACUGUCCGAACUGCCAUGAGGCGGAGAGACUGGGGCCCGCGGGGGCCAGCCUGCGCAGAAAGGGGCUCCACAGUUGCCACAUCCCGGGUUGCGGGAAGGUAUACGGAAAGACGUCGCAUCUCAAAGCGCAUUUGCGCUGGCACACCGGCGAAAGGCCGUUCGUAUGUAACUGGCUGUUUUGUGGAAAGCGCUUCACCAGGUCCGAUGAGCUCCAGCGGCAUUUACGCACACACACCGGGGAAAAACGAUUCGCCUGUCCGGUGUGCAACAAGCGCUUCAUGCGCAGCGACCACCUCAGUAAACACGUGAAAACGCACAGCGCCGGUGAGCCCGGGUCGAACGGGGUUAAAAAGGGCAGCGAUACCGACAGCGAGCAGAGUGGACCGGGCAGCCCGGCCUGUCAGUCCCCUGAAAUGAUCCACAAUACAGAACCCGUCCGGAACGGACUCAGUCACUGAGUAAAACGACUGAAAAUAUGGCACAUCAUUUUGUAAACAUAAGGGGAACACGUGGACGCACCAAUUAACCCUCUGAUGCAUGCAUAAUUAAAUCACAAAAUUACAUAUUUCACUUAUAAUAAGUAACAACAACAUAAUCAUUCGCAAUCUUCUUUUCUUUUUCUUUCUUUUUUUUUUUUUUUUUACAGAGAGUUACAGAAGAUUUUGUCAAAUAUUCUCGAUGUAGGUUACUUUACGCACCCAUAUUGAAUUUAUGUUGUCAUAAAUAUUAAAAUAUAGUGGCAUAUAAAAAGGACAGUUGUAUAUUAUUAUGAGAAGGGGUCAAAAGCAAUCACCCCAUGCCAUUAACUCUGAAAAGUGGUUCUUCUAAUGGACACCAUCAGAGGGUUAAUUUAGCUUUCAGUGCAUAAUUAAAUCAUGCAAGUGCCAUUGGUUUGGUCAAAAUAGACGUCUUAAAAGAUUAUUAAAUGUGUUUUAUGAGCCAUGCAUCGGCAGAAGGUCUCUCUCAGGUGUUAUAGAGAUUUUCCGUAGUGCUCUAUGGAUACAGCGAUGAAAAAACUUUAUAAUGUAGCUAAUGUAAAUGUGAAAUAAACUGCAAAACUGUCUUAUAUUCAGUCUGCAUUUGCUGUCAACAAAUUCUCCGUUCAUUCACGUCUAUUUGAGGCACUUUAUGAAAAUCAAAAACAAUUCUGAAUAACUGCACAAUUGAAUUGUAUUAUUGUAAUUAAUGCUUCUUGAUUAUUGAACUGUUUUAGGCUUGACACAAGUCUAUAAAAGAUUUUAAGAAAACAUCAUCAUGAAAUGUGGAGAUUUAAAGUGUCAACGGAGCAAUUUUUGUACAUUAGUUCUAAUUUCUUUGACAGUAAAUCUGAACUCAGUACAAAUUGAAAAUGUAUAUAGACUUGUCUUGAAACUCUAUUUAUAAUUCAGUUUGAUUUGUGCUUUGAAGUCUAUCAGAGUCGCACUUUGAAUCUAUAUUUAUGAUUUUAGGAUCAACUCGAUCAAGUCUGUUUAUCUUUAGUUUUAUUAUUAUUUAAUGGAGCAUGU